GCGGGCAAGGCUUGGGAAGAUGAUUUGGACCCCGACGCAGAGGAGGAGGUCUGUGAAGAGCCGGAGGAGGAGCCGGAAGACCUCCUGAUCUUAGAAGACGCGGAGGAGGAGGUUGAGUAUCUUCCCGACGAGGAGGUGGAGCUUGAAGAGGGCGAGGAGGAGGUGGCGGAAAUGGCCGUAGAGGAUGACGUUGAAGAGGAGGAGGAUGCUGGCGAGCCUCAGGAAGGCCACGCAAACGGCCGUGCCGUAGC